AACCAUCGACGUAAAUUAUAGUCAAGGGUUGCAUUAUUUUACUGCAUAGAUAAUUUCAAUGGACAAAUUGCGGUAUUAUCAUUUACUGCCAUUGACGAGAUCAAAACAAGUAGAAAAGAGCAAACUUUAGCAAAUUAAAAAAUUCUUUCGAACAGAAAUACCGGACAGAAAGUCACGAAUUGUAACAUUGCAUUCAUUACCCAUAUCUUGAAUCUUGGUCUUCUUGCAUACUAAACCAAGAACAGGGUAAAAUGUCAAGCUGUCCAAUAGGUUUCAUCACCUACAACACGACCUUAUGCGCGUGCCCAGCAGGGUGGUUCCUCAAUCGCACCACCAACAGCUGCACCUUGUUCGCGGCCAGCUCUGACAUCCAAACUGACACAGGAUUAGCAAAUACGCUGUCGUUCCCUGAGACAAUAUUCUCUUUUGAUUCUAUCAAGAAGUUUACUCAGUCACAGGCGGUUUUCUUAGAGGCAACUUCAGUGAUGCUUAUUUCUUGGCUUUUGUUCUGUUUUUUCUUGAGGUUUAUGAAGUUUGGUGACGGCUCAAACAUUUGGUUUAAAAUUAGAUGGUGGCUUAGUCGUUUGGAUAUAUGCUUUGCCACUAGGCAUUGGCUGGACGAUCAGCAGGUGGUUGUGAAGCGAAAAACAGAACUGGGUGGAACUUUCUCAAUAGCAAGUUGGAUACUUUUCAUUGGUUUAUUUGCUGCGUUGCUUUACCAGAUCAUAUUAAAGAGAUCCAUUGAGGUGCAUAAUGUGAAAGCAAUAAAUGCACCAGACUUGGCUUCUUUUGCUAAUGACAUUGAAUUUAAUAUAACCACUGUUUCAAGCAUGAGCUGUUCAAAUUUACGUGAUCUUGGUACUUUAGUUACUGGCAGUCCUGGCUUUAUUGACCAUAGGGUUGUCAAUCUUAUAGAACUUGCGAACUACACCUGCUGGAACACAAGUACAGGGCCAACUUUAAAUUUUAAAUGUACCAACUGUCGUCUCAAUAAAGACUACAUGUAUAUUUCAUGGACGUUUGUUGAUCUUCCAAAUGCUCCUGCUAGCGCUGUUGGUUAUCUCUUCAACCUUACCACAAGAAACCAUGCUGAUAAAAGGCACUUCAGUUUUGUUAGCGGGACACUCAAGAAUGGAAGCAGUUUUGAUGAUAGACCAGUUACAUUCAGAGGGAGGGAUCCAAAUAUACUAAAAUUUAAUCUGUUUCCUCGGAUAUACCGCAAUCUCCAUGAUCUAAAGCUCAUUCAGCCUCUAUUCCAUGAGUUUAUCCCAGGUUCAUUUUUUCACGAUACAACUCAGCUUAAAGCCUCCCUUGCAACUUCUAGUGGUGGACUAAUCAACACCACAAUAUAUGUUCAAUACCUCUCUGCCUAUGUUGUUGAGGUCGAAAAUCAAAACAUAAUGGGUCCUGUGAGCUUCCUCGCAGAUCUUGGUGGCCUAUAUUGCAUUAGUAUUUGCAUAUUUUUCUACUUUCUGGUGCAAUGUGAAUACAGAAUAAAAAAACUCCGGAAUGAAGAUAGCACCAUGCGUAACAUAAGAAAUCGUCUAAAAGCUCAAAAACACUGGGAGAAAUUGAGGAAAUAUGUGAGAUAUAGAUGGGGUUGCAGUACAUUGGAUGAUGACCUCAAGAAUAGCAAACAGGGAUCUAGUUGCAACUGCAUCAUGGCACCUUCUGUUCGUGGUAAUGGAUCCAUAAGUGGCAGUGGAUCAUCAUGGAGGAGGGGAUCACGAACUAGAACAGAUAGCAUCCGCCUAAAUAAAAGAGUUAGCAUACCUAGUGACAAGAAUGCUAUAGAAGGGCACAGUGAUACCCAGGUAGUGGAACAUGUUUUGGCUGGAUGCACAUUGAACACGGAAGGGAUUAAUUCUGAUUCUGCUCAAGGACAUUCUGUCAAAGGCGAAGUGCUGGGCUGUACAAAAGAUGAAACAAAGCAUUCAGUUGGCUUACAUGACGCAUCCGAGUCUCAAGCACAUUUGCUUACUGAUGAUAGCUUCAUUCCUUUUCCACCACCGCUAGAAUUUAAACCUGAAUCUGAAAUAGAGAAUUCUGAUAUCCAGAAGAAUCUCCAGCACAUGUACAAUUACAAUAUCAUUCUCAGGGAAAAACUUCUUGCUACUCGAUCUUUGCUUCAUUCACUAGCAACAAAAUCCUCAACUUCCUUAUCAGAGAGCCAAACGUAAACUGGUGAAGUAAAGUAGACAAGCAAAAGAAGUUCCAGAAUUACCUUGGUCCUUCUACAAGGUAAUGAUCUAUUGGCAAAAUAGCCAGUGUGCCAAGUGAUCACGAAAGAAAAUCCACCAAAGUAGCUUCUUACAUUGAUGGUCAUGAGUUCAGGCUUGGUUUAUUUCGAGAAAGCAUUGCAUCAUUACUUUGACGCUGUGCAAAAUUUCAUGGCAACUAGAACUACCACUACCACUAGUUUAAUUAUUCAUUGCCGGAUCCUUCAUGCCCCUCAAAAUUUUGGUGUUCACUAGCCUGUUGAUUAGUAUGGUUGAUAUUACUUUUUUUUUUUCAAACAAUGGAUUGUUAUAUGUACUUUGAUGUAAUCACAGAGAGAGAAAGUUCAUUGGUUGAUUAUUCAGCUAUGCAUUUGCUUGUUUAUUCUUUCA